AUGGCCCACACCGACCCCUCUACCCUCACAAACCUCGCACACCUCGCUUCCCCGCCCCAAACAGCCACCGCCGCCGUCCCCUCGCCCGACUCGCUCACCCACGCUCUCGCACAACGCUACCGCCUCGACCGGGCAGCGACUUGGUGCGGCGACUCGACUCUCGUCGCGCUCAACCCGCUCGAGGUCAAGGCCGACGUGAGCGAGGCGAGCAAGGCAGAGUACGAGCAGCGCGUGUAUGCGCCGAGGGACAGGGCGAGGAGCGGGGGCGACGACGUCCAGCCCCAUGCGUACGACCUCGCGUGCAGGGUCUACUUUGCCAUGAGGAGGACGGGCGAGUCGCAGUCGAUCCUGUACUCCGGCCUUUCGGGUUCCGGCUCGUCCUCUCAGCAGCAGCUCGUCACCGCGCAACUCCUGCGCCUCUCGACCUCGGGCAAGAAGGACACGCGCCGCGCCGAACAGGUCCAAGCGCUCCAAACGCUCCUCACCUCGUUCGGCUGCGCAAAGACACAGCAGAACCCCUCGGCAACGCGCUUCUCGUCCCUCCUCGAGUUGCACUUCUCGAACGCGGGCAAACUCGCGGGCGCAAAGGUGCUGGCGUACGGGUUGGACAGGACCAGGUUCGCCAAGCUCGGGAAGGACGAGCGGACGUUCCAUGCGUUCUACCAGCUCGUCGCCGGCUCGACGCGCGAAGAGAAGGACGAAUUUGGUAUACUCGACGAUGCGGGCGCGUACAACCUCUUUGCGAAGUCGUCGACGUACCGACUCCCGCCUGGCGUGCCCAACUCGGACGACUCGAUCGCGUUCGACGAGCUCCGCGCCGCCUUCAAAGUCCUCGGCUUCAAACCCCGCCACGUCGCUUCGAUCCUCCGCACCCUCUCGGCAAUCCUCCUACUCGGCAACCUCGAGUUCGCAGAACACCCCGAAGACCCGUACAACUUCCAGUCCGACCCGGCGUGGGUGACGAACCGCGAUGUCCUCGAGCGGGCAGCGUCUCUCCUCGGCGUCUCGAGCGAAGACCUCGAGCGCGCAUUGACGAACCGCGUGAGGUGGGUCCGCAAGGAAGUCACGGCGACCAUCUUGCGAGCCGAGGGCGCAGACGCACAGCGCGACAGUCUCAUGGCUGCGCUGUACUCGAUCUUGUUCGCCUUUGUCGUCGAGACGGCCAAUCACCGACUCUUUCCAGGCGACGAGGCGAUCGCCGCGCUGCACAACGAAGGCGGAUCGUCGAUCGUCCAGUUCUCUCAGCCGGGAUUCACGAACCACUCUUCUUCCCGCCCUGGCUCGCGCACCUCGGUCCUCAUUCAGGCGUUGAACGGCUUCGACGACUUUCUCCACAACUACCAGUCCGAACUCGCGCGGUUCUGGACGCUCGAGCACGCGUUCGAUGGAGAUUUGGGCGUCGUUGCGCGCGCGCAAGAGGACGGGGUCAAGGUCGUUGAUGUGCUUCCUUCGGAUGACGGGACGGGGAGGAUCGAGUUGAUGCGUGGCGGGAGGGUCGGUGGGAAAGCGGAUGAGAAGCCGGGUGGGAUCCUCGGUGGGUUGGCCAAGACUGGCGCGGCAAUGGUGCGCAAGGGUCUCGGGGCGGACGAAGCCGACGACGAGUUCCUCCGCGGAAUGAGGGACCACUUUGCUGCCCACCCGAGCUUUGUCUCGCACCCUUCUGGGCCCGGCGCGCGCACGGCUUUCGCAGUCAAGCACUUUGGUGACCAACAAGUCGUCUACGACGCGCACCACUUUGUCGAACUCGACUUGGACCAACUCGAUCCGGACCACGUCGCGCUCCUCCGCUCGUCGUCCGACUCGUUCGUCGCGAAACUCGUGAGCGGACCGAGUCUCGCGGCUGAGGUGCAUCCACUCGAUGAGAACACGGUUGUCGCCGCGCAGGUGUCGAGUAUGCCGCUCCGCCGUCCGUCAAAGGUCAAGGUUUGCGAGGCGUUUGCGCGGGGUGAGGAGGAGGGGCCAGGGAAGGACUACACCGAGCCUCUGCUCGACCCGCUCGCGAUCCACCCCGUCUCGGCGCAGAUCAACGCGACGACCGCCCACUUGCUCGGCUCGAUCCUCGCCCGCACGAACGUGUGGAACGUCAUUUCCCUCCUCCCGAAUGCGACGAUGACGCCUCGCCAAAUCUAUGCCCGACUGCUCAAAGCCCAAGUCUCGGCCUUCCAGCUCCCGCAACUCGCUGCGCGCCGCCAGUCCUCGGACUUCCUCCACGACGCCGACUUGAACGACUUUCUCAUCCGCCAUGGAGUGGGCGUCUCGGCGCACGAGAGCGCCCACGAUGCGGUGAAUGCGUUCCUGCGCGACUUUGGAUUCGCGAGCGAGAGGGGCGAGUUUGCGAUCGGACAGCAGAGGGUUUGGUUGGGCUGGAAGGCGUGGAAGGCGGUGGAGGAUCGUCUGAGGCAGAGCGAGCCGGUCGAGCAUCGCCAGGCUGCGGUCGAGGCUGUGAGGGAAGGACGGGUGCGCGAGGCGGAGGAGGCGCUUGAGGGGCGGAGGGGGGACGAGAAGGACAAGGAGGAGCUCGAGGUGGGCGAGGGUGGCCUGCAGGGAUACCUCCCGCAUCUCGGACCGAGCAGGAGUACGGUCAAUGUCGGGUACACGGGUGGCGGACCAGCGGCGAUGGGAGGGGAGAGCGUCGACGACCUCCUCUACUCGAAUGGCGGGACGCCUCAGACGCCUACCACACCCGGUUACGUCCCCUACUCGGCGGGCGCAGGCGGACUCGGCUCGACCAACGCCUUCGACACCUACCGCUCCGGCUUGUCGCACUACAACCAGCACGACUCGUUCGUGGGCAACCCGCUCCAGCCUCCUUCCGCGCCGUACAUGCGCCAUGGAGGCGGAGCAUACGGCAGCAUGGGUUCGCUCGGCGGUGCGGUGGGCUCGGGUCAGCACGCGCACAUGGCGAGCGAGAUCUGGGGAAAAGACAAGCAGACUCCCGCUGGAUUCGGCGCUCACAGCGGCACGCUCUACGGCGUGCAUGCGGCGGCGGGUGGCGGCGGCGGAGGAGGCGGAAAGGGCGGCGAAGGCGUCCUCGACCGCGAGGGGAACCCGCAGGAAGGCGAGGGCAAGGCGAUCGAGGAGGUCCCGACGAGCAGGGGACGGAGGGUCUGGGUCGCCAUCGUUUGGAUGUUGACGUUCUGGGUUCCGACGCCGUGCUUGACCUACCUUGGCAGAAUGAAGCGGCCGGACGUGCGCAUGGCUUGGCGGGAGAAGCUCGCACUAUGCAUGCUCAUCGCCUUUUUCUGCGGCAUCGUCAUCUUCUACAUCAUCGUCUUCGGCAAGCUCCUCUGCCCGAACUACAACAAGGCGUGGAACACGGCCGAGCUCGGCUACUACUCGACCGCCAGCCAGUUCUGGGUCGCAGUCCGUGGCAACGUCUACGACAUUACGAAGUUCUACAAGGUCCAGCACUCGGACAUCCAGGGCGAGACGGUAUCGUCGACCGACAUGCUCCAGCUCGCUGGCCUCGACCUGACCGGCUACUUCCCCAUCCCGCUUACAUCGGCGUGCCCGUCGCUCGUCACGGACGAAAACCUGUCCCUUCAGUCCCAGAACUUCACCGCCGAGGUUCCGACAGCCGUCCACACGUCGGGCUACCUCCAGCCGGAGAAGAGCUCGGCGCUGUCGAGCGCGUCGUGGUACUUCGACACGUUCCUGCCCAAGAUGCGCGACUACCACAAGGGACCGCUCGUCUGGUCGAAGGGCAAGGUCCAGGAGCAGGCCGAGAAGAACAACCGACAGUGGGCGAUCGUCAACGGCAGCGUGUACGACUUGACCGACUACUUCUACACCGCGAAUCUCUUGAACGACCAGAAGUACUUCUUCCUCGACAAGGACCUCGCCAACCUGUGGACCGCGCAGCCCGGCACCGACCUGACCGGCGCGAUCAAAGACCUCGGCAUGGACUGGCCGACGCUGCAGACGAACAUGGCUUGCAUCCAGACGCUCUUCUACCUCGGCGAUACCGACUUCCGCGAGUCGCCGCGCUGCAAGGUCCAGCCGAACCUCCUGCUCGCCUUUUCGAUUCUCAUCAUGGUCACGAUCCUUGCCAAAUUCCUCGCCGCGCUGCAGUUCGGUUCGAAGCGCUUGCCCGAGCAGCGCGACAAAUUCAUCAUCUGCCAAGUCACUUGUUACACCGAAGGCGAAGAGUCGCUGAAGAAGACGAUCGACUCGCUCGCGACGCUCAACUACGACGACAAGCGCAAGCUGAUCCUUGUCAUCUGCGACGGCAUGAUCGUCGGCUCCGGCAACGACCGCCCGACCCCGCGCAUCGUUCUCGACAUCCUCGGCGUCGACCAGAACAUCGAGCCCGACCCGCUGAUGUACAAGGCCGUCGCGGAGGGUUCGAAGCAGCUCAACUACGGAAAGGUCUGGAGCGGCUUAUACGAGGUCGAAGGCCAUGUCGUUCCGUACCUCGUCGUCGCAAAGACUGGUCGUCCGUCAGAGCGUUCGCGACCCGGUAACCGCGGCAAGCGCGACUCGCAGAUCCUCGCGAUGCGCUUCCUCAACCGCGUUCAUUUCGACUCGGAGAUGUACCCGCUCGAGCUCGAGAUGUACCAUCAGGUCAAGAACGUUAUCGGUGUCGACCCGCAGAUGUACGAGUUUAUCUUCGUCGUCGAUGCCGACACUUCGGUUCACGCCGACUCCCUCAACCGCCUCGUCGCCGCCUGCGCCGAUGACUCUCAGAUCAUCGGCAUUUGCGGCGAGACGCGCCUGGAGAAUGAGCAAGUCUCGUGGUGGACGAUGAUCCAGGUCUACGAGUACUUCAUCUCGCACCACAUGGCCAAGGCGUUCGAAAGUCUGUUUGGUUCCGUGACCUGUUUGCCAGGAUGUUUCUCGAUGUACCGGUUGCGGUCGGCGGAUAAGGGGAAACCAUUAGUGAUCAGCUCGCUGAUUGUUGAUGACUACUCGGACAACAACCUCGACACGUUGCACAAGAAGAACCUGCUCUCGCUCGGAGAGGACCGAUACCUCACGACCCUGAUCCUCAAGCACUUCCCGACGUACAAGACGAAAUUCGUGCAGGAAGCGAAGGCUAUGACGGUCGCGCCGCACAGCUGGAGCAUCCUCCUGUCGCAGCGCCGUCGUUGGAUCAACUCGACCGUCCACAAUUUGGCGGAACUCUUGUUCCUGCCAAAUCUCUGCGGCGCGCUGUGCUUCAGUAUGAGGUGGAUCGUCCUCAUCGAUCUCUUGGGGACGGUCAUCCUGCCGGCGACGCUCGUCUACCUCGUCUAUCUCAUCGUCACCAUUGCCACCGGAUCCGGUCCUCUGCCCGUCAUCGCCCUCGUCAUGAUCGCCGCCGUCUACGGUCUCCAAGCCUUCAUCUUCCUCAUCAAGCGCCAAUGGCAGUACAUCGGCUGGCUCGUCAUUUACCUCCUCGCCUACCCAAUCUACAGCUUCCUCCUCCCCGUCUACGCGUUCUGGCGCUUCGACGACUUCACCUGGGGAUCGACCCGCGUCGUCGUAGGAGAGGGCCGGGCGAAGAAGGUCCUGCAGGCCGAAGACGAGGCGUUCGACGAGUCGACGAUUCCGCUCGCCAAAUUCGCCGACUACGAGGCCGCGCUCGCCGAGGAGACGUACGACACCCGGUCCGAGAAGUCGUACUCGACCGCCGGCUUCUCGCUCGCAACGCGCAUCCCGAAGCCCUACCACGGCCACACCGCCUCUCGCUCGACGAUGCAGCUCGGCGCCCUCCCGCAGAUGCCAUCGCAGGGCUUCGGAUUCAGCGCGCCCGGCAGCGUCGUCGGCGCACCCGUCUACACGCCCGGUCCAGGCAGCGUCGUGGGGAGCGACUUCGGCUACCCGAUGAGCGUCAACCCAUACAUGCAGCCCGCGACGCUCCAGUCGCAAAUGAGCCUGGCCGGUUACCCUCAGCCGCCAAUGUCGACCCUCCCUCGCCGCCAGUCCGGCAUGUCUGCCUUCUCGUACGGCGGCGUCGCGCCCAGCGUCUUCUCCGUCAAUCCCUUCGCCAACCCUCCGGCGCCCCCUCAGCCCAGCGACGACCCGAAUCCGAGCGACGAGACCAUCAUCUCGACCUUGCAAGCCUACCUCGCGAGCGAAGAUUUGAUGCACCUCUCAAAGCGCAAGGCUCGCGAUGGACUCGCCGCCCUCUUCCCUCGCGCCGACUUGACCGCUCGCAAGGACUGGAUCAAUCAGCAGAUCGACGCUCUCCUCUCCGCCUAG